AUGGGGCUCCACUUCAAUGCAAAGAAGUGCGCAGCUCUGCACAUUGACGGCAGCAAAAGGGACUUGGUGCAGGGAACGGGGUUCCAGAUCCAGGGUGAGCCCGUCAUCCCCCUGGCAGAGGGGCAGGCAUACCAGCACCUAGGCACGCCAACAGGUUUCCGUGUCCGGCAGACACCCGAGGACACCAUCCAGGAGAUCUUGCAGGACGCCACCAAGAUUGAUGCCUCCCUGCUGGCACCUUGGCAGAAGAUAAACGCCCUGAACACCUUCCUGAUCCCACACAUCUCGUUCACUCUAAGGGGAUCCGCUGUGGCGAAGGUGCCCCUCAACAAGGUAGACAAGAUCAUCCGGAAGCUGGUGAAGAAGUGGCUGUUCCUUCCCCAGAGAGCCAGCCAUGAGCUGGUCUACAUCACCUACAGGCACGGCGGCGCCAACGUCCCCCGCAUGGGUGACCUGUGCGACGUCGCUGUGAUCACCCACGCUUUCUGCCUGCUGACAUGUCCUGACGCCACGGUGAGGAACAUCGCGGCGAACCCCCUGCGUGAUGCAACAGAGAAGCAGAUCAGCAGAGCCCUCUCCAACCAAGACAUCACCAACUUCCUGAGCGGCUCCUUCGAUGGGGAAUUCGGACGGGACGAGCACGACAUCGCUUCACUGUGGUCCCGCACUCGCAACGCCACGUGUCGCCUAGGGAAGCACAUCGGCUGCCGCUGGGAGUGGUGUGAGGAGCGCCAGGAGCUGGGAGUCCGGGUGCCACAGAUCAGGUCCGACGACAACACCAUCGUCACCCCGAGCGCCAGGGGCUUGCUGGAGAGGACUCUGAAGGCCACCAUCCACUCGCUGUACGUGGAAACCCUGAAGCAUAAACCAGACCCGGGUAAAGCCUUUGAUUUGACCAGCAAGUGGGACGCCAGCAACCACUUCCUCGCUGGGGGCGGCUUCACCCGUUUCGCUGACUGGCAGUUCAUCCACCGUGCCCGGCUCAACUGCGUCCCGCUCAACGGAGCUGUCCACCACGGGAACCGAGACAAGCGUUGCAGGAAGUGCGGCUACUCCAAUGAGAGUAGCCUGCCCCACGUCCUGUGCAGCUGCAAACCCCACUCCAGAGCCUGGCAGCUGCGCCACAACGCCAUCCAGAACCGCCUGGUGACAGCCAUCGCACCACGCCUGGGGGACAUCUCUGUGAACUGCACCAUCCCCGGUACCGACAGCCAGCUAUGA